CUGCCGCUGGCAGCGAUGAAUUUGCUCCCCCUCCUUGUCCUGCUGGCCGUGUGCUGGCCUGCGCACAGCACAUGGGACAACUGUGGAGGGACCUGCGGGCUCCGGCCCAUGGCUUCUCACUACGGCAUGUCGCGUGUCGUGGGUGGCACAGAUGCCCAGCCAGGGGCCUGGCCCUGGAUCGUCAGCAUCCAGGAUCCCUGGAAAAUAGGCACGGGGCAUAUAUGCGGAGGGUCCCUCAUCAGCCCACAGUGGGUCCUCACAGCAGCCCACUGCUUCAUCGAAGCCAGGCACAUCACAAUGUGGCGCGUGGUGAUUGGGGCCACCCAGUUGACUCAGCUGGGCCCUGAGGCCCAAGUGCGCAAUAUUAAGCGGCUACUGGUUCACGAACGCUAUAGCAAUAUCUCGGAGAGGAACGACAUUGCGUUGCUAGAAUUGGACCAGCCUGUCCAGUGCAGCUACUAUAUACAGCUUGCCUGUGUGCCUGACGCCUCGCUGAGAGUGUCAGAGCUGACAACCUGCUACAUCAGUGGUUGGGGUUCCACGACUGCAAGAUCUGGACGAUCAACUGAUGUCCUGCAGGAGGCCAAGGUCCGUCUCAUUGAUGUCAACCUCUGUAACAGCAGCCGGUGGUAUAGAGGGGCCAUCCACACUCACAACUUGUGUGCUGGCUAUCCGCAGGGUGGCAUUGACACCUGCCAGGGUGACAGUGGUGGUCCUCUCGUGUGCAAAGACAACAAUGCUGACUACUUCUGGCUUGUUGGAGUGACCAGCUGGGGGAAAGGCUGUGCGAGAGCAAACCAGCCGGGAGUCUACACCUCCACUCAGCACUUUUAUGACUGGAUCCUGGUACAGAUGGGAUUGCGCCCAGAAGUAAGGGCUACUCCAGCAUCACGGGCAUGGAGUCAUUUUCUCACCACCUCAACCCCCUUUCAGAGGCCAAUACCAACACAAUCGGGCAGGUUUACACCCUGCCCAUUUCCACGCCAGAAGCUCGUGGAAUUCUUUACUCGGGUGCAGGAGCUCCUGCAGGUCCUAAGGGGAAAAAAGGCUUGAGCAGCAGGAUGAACAGGAUCCAGUGCAGGCUGCAGUAUACCACAACCAUUUCCUUCUGGGGCAAUGCCUGCUGAUCCAAAGGCAGCCUCAGAGUCAAAGGCCUGCUCUGUCCUGCCCAUGCUCCUCUGAGUGCACACAAAUGCUGAAGUUGACUUAGUUCUUGAAAUAAAGUUGCCAAUUUUCACAGCUAACCAUGCUUCAGUCCAAUUCAGUCUCCUGUGCAAGGCAAGGACUUCCAUGCCUGGCACCUGCAAAAUGAGGCUGCAGGUAGACAGUAGGGCACAAAGGGAAAGAGUCACUCAAGAGGGCUGAAACCGUGCCUGGUCAGAGAGGAGGUUGCUCAGAACUACCAUGGGGUGGAGAAGACUGGCACACUGAGGCUAGAAAGAAGAUAUGAAAAAAUGAUGUGACAUGCAGACAGCUUUGGGGGUAUGCAUUAAGGCACACAAGCUGAUGAUUAGAGCCUGGCAUAAGCCUUAGCUAACUGAACAGACCAUGGGAAACUCCCGAGUAUGACAAGAGAAAUUGCUGACCAUAGCAACUAGAGUUAGAAGCUGACAGGAGUUACAGUGCCAUGAGGAAGAGCCAGAUUUCACGAGUAGUUAAGGGGGAAUGAUGUGAGAGGUGGCCACACUUUACAGAUAAUUGAAGGAAGAGUUGGGGUCAUUUUUGGGAGAGGAAUCUGGCAGGAACAGCAGUACCCAGGAAAACGCAUCAGUAAUGCCAUGGAAGUCCAAGAUGACCUACCUAA